GGAAAGCGAGGGAACGAGACUUGUAGAAAGAGUAGAACAGCAGAUGAUGAGCAUCUCAAAUCUAGGGCUUGCUCGACUAACUCUUUCAAUGUGCAUCCACGUGUUGCAAGGUUCGAAAAACAGCAGAAUCGCCGCCUUAAGAGAGGCCAGUUACGAUGGGUUAUUUUGUGAGUGCGCAACCUUCUUCGUCUUCCUCUUCUGGUUAAGUAGUUGUUUGUGGUGUCCUUAUUCAAUAUCCUAGCGCGGAUAGAUUGCUUUUCGCACGAAGCGCGUGCAAUUUAUUGUCUGAUUUUGUUUCACAUGAAAAAAUGUUGACAGACGCAAUAAGGAGCGGCACGCGCGCGGCACUCGCCGCGCGAUCGGUGCGACCGACUGUUUUCGGACACAGCAGGUUUGGGCUUACUGCUGCUAGAACUGAGCAGAGCACAGUAUUGGCACUCCGCAAUGCAUCACGAAAUUUUUGCAAACGUAGCGCUCCGAGGAGAGGACACACGCUGGAGGUAUCGUGGUGAGCAAAAGAGAGAAACUUUAAAUUUAUGAUUUUUGUAGAAGAAGCUCAUUUUCGUCUUCAGCGUCUGCGCCGUCAUCAUUGUCCCUGUGUCAACCUGCUUGAUAUGCGCGGGAAUGAGAAAGUUAGUCGCUUUAACAAGUUGUACUUUGCAUAUGCAUGAUUUUGCGUUAGGUAUGUUUUUUUGCAUGCUUUGGGAUCAUCAUCAUAGAUAUCGUUGUGUGUUGUUUAUUGUCGCUCUUCUAGAUCGAUGACACAUGACCCGUUUCGAUCACCAGAAAUUUCAUACCAUUGUCUUCUGAACUUCCUCCCUCAGACCUACUUCUGCUUUCCGGAAUCAGUGUGCAAGAUGAUGAACCCGCUUGCUUAUUAUUUCUUCGUAGGAUUAUGCACGUCGCACUUUUGUACGAUGUUCUUCUCCGUUCCGCUCUACAACUACUACAUGACCGGACGUACUUAUUCUGAUUGUUUUUUUCUUUUUUUUGAACUCUUCGAUAAUGUUGAUGUUUCGCACAAGCCAUGAAACAAGAAGCUGAUGUAGAACCUUAUCCUGAGGACACCGGGAAUGGUGUAUUUGUACCUAUCUUAACAUCGUCGAUAUGUUAAGCGCCGGUCUCUUGAAUGUCACUCAUCCCCUUAAAUAAUGUUUGUCUCUCAACUUCAGGGUUUUACGGCAAGGAUCAGGGACAAACGCUCCUGUGUGACAACAGUUGGUGAACGGCCGACAUCCAUGGGAGGUUUUCCUGCAAACGUACGUAACCGAUGCAAGAAUGAGAAAAGUUCCGCUCGCCCACUCGAAGGCGGGACUUAUGUGCUGAUACGUUACAGAGGCAACACGCUGAAUCUGGAGUUGGCAUGUUGACUUAAGAUCAUGGUCUUGGAGCUUGCCGGCGAAUAGGGGAGACUGUUGUUGUGAAACAGGUGUUAUAAUAAUGGAUUUUGGUUUACCACGAUUUGUUCCGUGACGGCUAGCCGCUAUCUCCUUGGUGCAAUCCCCACGUUUCCGUUUGUUCUUACGCAAGAAAUGGUGUCGUGUCUGUUUUGUCUUAACGGUAGAAGAGGCUGUCUUAUCUUCGGUAGAACCGAUCACAAUUCAAGUCUACUAAAGAUCAAUCCGAUGAUCUCUCUGUCAUGGUUCACGCUUUCUACUACGAGAGACUGUUGAUCUUGUGACCCACUCUUUUAAUCUGCUGAGAGAGAGACGAGAGAGGCAUUGCAUGUGGCGCCCAGAACGAGGAGAAUCUUUGCAGGACAACUAAAAACGCAUCUGUUCAGAGGAUCUACGACACUUCUGGUAUUACGAGUUCUUAUUCCAUUGUGAGCCGCCUAUUGCAGACAACUAUACGUAUUAUAAUGUUUGAUCGAUCUUCUGGUGUCAUCUUGCUCUCACAUCUGAUCAUAGCUUCAGUGCAUGAUAGUUUACACAUGAUGAUGUCCUGCUGCAU